AUGUCGGAACAACAGAGAGUCGGGCACCGCUCAUUGGCGGCCCGCCAUGCAGCCACACUCAAGUCGAGGGACAAAGCCAAGGACAAAGAAAACAUCACCACGACGAAGAAGGCUGCUGCGUCAAUUGCAGACUCCACCACAGGACUGAAUGCACUGGCGCAUGCGUCGAAUGGACGAAGAGUAUUGCGUUCGAAGUCAGCAAACGGGCUGAAGGUGUCUUCUUCGUCUUCAGCAGCAGCAUCGUCAAACAUUUUUGGUUUAAAAGAGAGCCAGUUGCAACCGUCGCUGGCCUCGACAACAACCACAUCAAAUUCUAGUGCCAACAAGGCAAGGAGAGUUCUUAAGCAGCCUUUCUCGAUAUUUGAUAGUAGAGAUACCCAACUGAAUGGCGACGAGGCACAAUCACACCACGACAGCGUGACUCUGCAAAGAUCACAGUCGCAAAUUGACAAAACCAAUACUCUUUCGAGGUCCUCUUCGGCACUUGGGUCUUCAUUUGGCUCCUCUCUGGGCUCUUCUAUCAACUUCAAGUCCAGUUUGGGUCAGGCGAGAAAGAUCAGGAGCCAGUUGACCAUAGGCGUAGAAAAUGACUUGGCGGAUUUUUUCAAAAAAUCCAAAGCCCAAGAUCAAAAGCAGUUUGGCAUAACAAACGAGGACCUGCCUACAAAUAACACAUCCGAAAACCUGCAGGAGAUAACAUUCACAGACGAACCCGAUGACAUAACCUCAAUGCAGAGGUUGCUGACAGAGAGGGACUCACCACUGUAUGAGAGGACGCACAAAGUGAGCGUUCAAGCUUUGCUGUCUUCAUCUACGGGAAGCGACGACAUUGAAGAAACAACGUUUGACUACAAGGACAGAGAUCCUAAGUCCGAAGAUGGGAAGACUUUCAUGGAUCUGGAAAGUUUAAUGAUGACGACUCGUUCCGAUAAUGUAAAGAAGGAGGAAAAGGAAGAUGUUGAACUUGAAAUUGUCAGCCAUAACACAAAUGGCAUAUAUAACGAAGAAAUACCCGAUUCCAUGGAGGACAUGUAUGCACCAAUGAAUACUAAUCUUCUAUCCAAUUUGUGGGGAAAGCCGACUGCCUCAUCCUUGGCUGCCGCAGAGGAAUUCAAGAGUCCUAUGGAGUUGGAUGGCGCAUGGCGCAAAGACAACCUACAGGAUCCAAAAGUUUGCUUAGAGGUUGGCGCUGACGAGAUGAAAGAGCCAGAAGACUUACUGCUGGAAUUUUCCGAGGAUGAACUGCUCGAGUUUGGCGACGACAAUGAUGACGAUGAAGAGAGAAAGAAGGACGACAAGAAAUUGGUUGAGAUUAUGGAGUUCUACCAAAAGGAGAGGCCAGCAGCAAUUUGA